CUUAUAACCGUCUGCAAAGGUGUGCGCAAUCAUUUCGCUCUCGCAUUACACAGUACGUACAGUGCAUCGAAGAAGAAAUACUCUAUUGACAAUGCCGCCAAAAACCAGUGGAAAGGCAGUAAAAAAAGCUGGCAAGGCUCAGAAGAAUAUUAGUAAAGCAGACAAGAAGAAGAAACGUAAAAGGAAGGAGAGUUACGCAAUCUACAUCUACAAAGUAUUGAAACAAGUACAUCCAGACACCGGAAUCUCCAGUAAGGCCAUGAGCAUCAUGAAUAGUUUCGUGAAUGAUGUGUUUGAACGCAUUGCUGCUGAAGCUUCUCGGCUCGCACACUACAAUAAACGAUCCACGAUUACCUCUCGGGAAAUCCAGACGGCUGUGCGUUUGCUAUUGCCCGGAGAAUUGGCGAAGCACGCAGUCUCCGAAGGAACUAAGGCAGUUACGAAAUACACAAGCUCCAAGUAAACUCAUUUUUAUUCAUCAUCAAAACGGCCCUUUUCAGGGCCCCAAAUAUUUAAGACGAAGAAAACUUCUAUUCGCUAAAUUAUUUUCUAUUUCUUAAGAUAAUUGAUCUAGUCGUUGACAUUUUAUCUACAAAAUAUUGUAUUUUUAAUCGUUAUAUCUGAAUUUUAUACAUAAAAUAUUGUGUAAUGGAUUUGAAAGUUUCUACGUGUAACUUUCAAAUAUGAACAUAGAGAGAAAUUGUACAAUUGUCGGCAAGAUCAGGCAAGAUGCACGUACAUAAGAAUCGCAGUGAAAUAAUAGGAUUGCUGUUUAUUGUUCCUUAUAUCUCCAACAAUAAAGGUCGAAAGGAUCACUCUACAAUACA